CGCAUACUUGCACGAAGUAGGCCCGGGCCGUAACCUUAGUUCGAAACUAGACCACUUUCUUUUCGGGACGAAUCGUCUAUUGCUAUCUACCUAUUACUAUCCAUCCAUCAGGAAACGACAGUUGCCGACGCCUUCAACUGGCAUCACUAUAGAGCCUAGCCGUGCCAGAGCUCUAGAAGAGGGAACCAGCACGCACUAAAAGCACCCUCGGCGAACCCCACCCGCAGAACACAAAUGGAGCUCAAUCAUUUGAGCGAGCAAACAAAGCCCGGCUCGCGCCACACCUACCUUCUUUUACCACAAAUUGUGCGUGUCGUUCGGCACGAAACCCACUCUUGCCCACCAUCCAUCCAACAUCCAACCACUCACCCAACUUUCCACCCUUCAAACACGCCUAUAUUUUUAAUCAUUCGCUACGCUUUUCUUCAACCAACUACAUAUGCGCCACCAGUCCGGGGAAUCUCGGACAGUGUUUCCCGAAGCGAGCAGAUCGCGCGAUGGGGCCGUCGGGAUGAUGGCGUCACCUGAGACAGGGUCUAAGACAUGAUCGGGGAUUCUGGACUUCAGCAACAAUUUUCUUUGGG